CUAGGCAGGUCCGAGUGUUGCUGGUUCCCUGUGCUGCUACCAAAGUGGGUGGCUGCCGAGUGCGGGCUCAGUCUUCCUGGUCCCUGUUUUCCUCCUCCACAGCCUGAGACCUAAAGCAGCCUCCCUCUGGCUGGGGCUGCCGCAGCACAGCCUUCUCGGCUCCCCCAGUCUGCGAAGUGCUGACCAGGUGGAGCCCCGCAGGCUCAGAGGCCUCCUUCGACCCCCCCACCCCUACUUGAUGCCUGCUCCGUGAGCCGGGCCCCGCUGGCUCCGUGGGAGGGCUCCCUGGCCUCCCGCCUCCCACGGGCCUUGCAGCUGCCUGUCAGGGCAGCCAAGCCUCUGCUCCCUCCAGGGCCAGUCCUCGGGGCUCUGCCCUGUCCCCGAGGGCACUGCUGAGGGCGCGCCCGUGGCCACUUAUCGUCCUCGUCCUCGUCCUGGGAGAGUCCUCUGAGUGCCUUCUCUGCCCCCAGAUCCCGGCCCUGGCCCCGUGCCAACAGCAGCUCCCGCAGCUCCUCCCCGGCAAAGGACAUGGAUGACGGCAAAGUGAGCCUGGGGCCCGUGCCUGCGCCCAUGCUGCUUCAUGCGCCCUCAGUUUCCCCUCUGUUCUCCAUCUGGCCUGGGCAUGGCGACCCCGCUGACUUGGUCACCAUCUAAAUCCGGCCUUCGCUAAGGCUCGGGGCCGCAUGCUGAGUCCUGGGGCAAAGCAUGCCUCACACCCUGGGCAGCCCUUGCCUUGUGUCUUUUGUUUGGUACUUAUUUUGAGUCAGGGUUUCCUUAUGCAGCUCAAGCUGGCCUUGACCUCACAGUAUCCAGAGCUGACCUCCAGUUCCCUAGCAGUCCUCCUGCCUCAGCCUCCCGAGUGCCGGGAUGACUGGUGUGCGUCACCACACUUGCGUGUUCUUGUUUUUUGGGAGCAGCUGUGAGGGUCUUCAGGGUCUGUGCUAGGCAGACCCCUUGCAAUGAUCUGAAUGAGGUGGGCAUCGGCUCUGCCAGGAGUGGGAAGCUGGUUCCAGGGACCCAUGAACCCGAGCCCAGGCGGCCCAGGCGGCCCAGGCUGCUGUGCCUCCUGGGUCCUGACGCUGCUGCCUCUGCAGCCUUCGCACCGCAUGGGGCCACCUGCGAUGGUCAGAGCUCACUGGCCUGCCUUCCGGUCAGCCCAGGCACAGGCGCCUCCGCCAACCCCUCCCUGUGCAGUAUCACUGGCCAAGGCAGCUCCCUGUUCUCCGCAGGGACCCCCAGACCCUGGGAGCCCUUGUGUCCCACCUGUCGUGCCCAGGGCCACGCUCGUGCUGGCAGGAGUGCAACGAGCUGGCGCAGAGCCCUGCUGGCACCUCCGGAGCUCAUCUCUCCGCACAUGAGGGGGUACAGCAUGGUGGCCAUGCUCGCUGCAUGGCGUGCUGCUCAGGUGAGCAUGGCCAUGAAGAGGCCCCCAGACUAUCCAGGGCCCCCGUUCCUGAGAGGCCCCAUGCCGCCCCCCCGUGGGCUAUGGGCCGCCGCAGCCACCACCACCCUCAGGCCCUUCAGGCCUCGGCCGAUGCCUCGUAGGCCAGCGCCACCAUUCGUUACGUCCCUUGCAGGGGCCCACCACUGGGCUUAAGAGAGUACGUGCCCGGCAUCCAACCCAGAUGCCGCAACCUGCCGCUGCACCCCGGCCAGUUCUUGCCAGGACCUGUGCCAUUUAGGCCUCCAGGCCCGCUCAGCCCCUGAGAGUAUUUCAUUCCUGCUCCUGAAUGCCACCACCGCCUGCUGGGCCCAGGACUACCCACUGCUGCCUGCCACAGGGGAGCCCCAGCUCUCAGGGCUGAGAGAGGCCUCAGCCUCACCACUAAGCAGCCAGGAACCUGCCCAGGCUUGAGGCAGAGCCCUUAAUGGCCCCACUACUCACAGGGCCAAGGUUUUUAUUGGAUUUGGAAUUCUUUUUAAAAGGAAGUUCGUUUUAGUAGGUUUUUAGUAUUAAGCUCCUGGUCCUCACUUCCUUUGGUUUGAUGUUGCUGAGACCUAAAAACAUAAACCUGGAAACCCACUAUUAAAAUGUAGCCCAA